ACCUGGAGCGGGAUGGACGGCUCUGUCUCCGCUGCUCCGGCUCGUUCCUCUCCGGGGAUGACAUGACGGCUCCGGCCCGGGACAGACGGCUCCUCCCGCGGCUCGGGCUGCGCCUCCUGCCCGGGGAGGAGGCUUUGUGCUCGGCGGCCCGGUGCGCGGCGGUGGCGGUGCUGUGCGUCCUCUGCUACGGGAACUCUCUGCGCGGGGAGCUCGUGCACGACGACGUCUGGGCCAUCGUCAACAACCCGGACGUGCGCCCCGGGGCCGGACUCGGAGCCGCGUUCAGGAACGACUUCUGGGGCAAACGGAUGUCGGACAACACCAGCCACAAGUCCUACCGCCCCCUGUGCAUCCUGUCCUUCAAGUUGAACAUCUGGCUCUCUGGGAUGGCUCCUCUUUACUUCCAUCUGGUGAACGUGGCUCUUCACAUCCUGGUCUCUUGCCUCCUGCUGGUCACUUGCCGCCGUUGCGUGUUUUCCGACUCGCGCUCGUCGUUCCUCGCCGCUCUGCUCUUCGCCGUUCACCCCGUCCACACUGAGGCGGUUUCUGGGAUCGUGGGUCGCGCUGACGUCUUGGCCGCUCUGCUCUUCCUCCUCUCCUUCCUCUGCUACGUCAGGAGCGUGGACCCCUCUCUCUCCCUCUCGUCCCCUCCCUCUCUCUGCCUCUCCUCCCCCCUCUCCCUCGUUCUCUCUCUCCUCUUGGGGACGUGUGCGAUGUUGGUGAAGGAGACGGGGGUGACGGUGUUUGGCGUGUGUCUCGUUUACGACGCUCUGAUCCUCUGUCGAAAGCCUCUGCUCUCACUGUUGAGUGGCUCUGGGGUCAGACUCUUCCUCCGUGAGUCCAGUCCUCUGCUCAAACGAGCCACAGUCGUCACGGCUCACGUGGCUGUGAUUCUCUCCAUUCGUCUGUGGUUGAUGGGCGGGUCCAUGCCUCUGUUUUCUGAGCAGGAUAACCCCGCCUCCUUCUCGCCCCACCUCCUCACCAGGUUCCUGACGUACAGUUUCCUGCUCUCGUUUAACGCCUGGCUGCUGUUGGCUCCGGUCACGCUCUGCUACGACUGGCAGGUGGGCAGUAUUCCUCUGGUGGAGUCUCUCUCGGACCCGAGGAACGGCGCCACGGUGAUACUACUACUACUACUGUGUCUGCUGUGUGCGACCUGUGCCAGCUCCAUACGGAAGCAGCAGAGCCGGGAGGUGUUAGUGGGACUCCUCUUCCUCAUCUUCCCCUUCAUCCCAGCGUCCAACCUCUUCUUCAGAGUCGGCUUCGUCGUCGCAGAGAGAGUCCUCUACAUGCCCAGUAUGGGGUACUGCAUCCUGGUGUCCCACGGCCUGACUCGCCUGUGCCCCCUGCUGGGCCGAUGGGGCAGUGCGGCGCUCAGUGUGGCUCUGCUUCUUCUCUUCUCCUGGAAAACGGUGGCUCAGAACCAGGUGUGGCUGUCGCGCGAGGCCCUCUUCAGGUCGGGCAUCCAGACUCUUCCUCAGAAUGCCAAAGUCCACUACAACUACGCCAACUUCCUGAAGGACACAGGGCGCCACCCGGAGGCCAUCCGCCACUACAACAUCGCCCUCAGGCUGUACCCGCGUCACGCCAGCGCCCUGAAUAACCUGGGCACGCUGACCUCUGACACCCACGAGGCCGAGCGAUUCUACAGGAAAGCACUGGACAUCAGCCCCCAGCACAACAGAGCGCUGUUCAACCUGGGGAACCUGCUCAAGACUCGGGGGCAGGACGCUGAGGCUGAGGAGCUGUUGAAAAACUCCAUUCGCUUCGGUCCACAUUUCUCUGACGCCUACUCCAGCCUGGCCUCUCUGUACGCCGAGCAGAAGCGUUUUUCCGAGGCCAAGGACGUUUAUCUGAACGGCCUGGAGCUUUGUCCUGAAAGCUCUGAUCUUCACAACAACUACGGCGUUUUCCUCGUCGACACAGGAGAGGGCGCUCUGGCUGCGGCGCAUUACCAGAAGGCCGUAAAGCUCAGACCGGAACAUUACGUCGCCAUGGUGAAUUUAGGCCGCCUCCUCCGCUCCACGAACGACAACGAGCAGGCCGAGGUCUGGUACAAGAGGGCUCUGUCGGUGUCUCGCAGUGUGGACGUGCUCUCUCCACUGGGGGCGCUGUUCUACAACACGGGGCGUUUUGAGGAGGCCCUUCAGGUUUACAGAGAGGCCCAGCUCCUCCAGGCGUCCAACUCUGACCUCGGCCUCGCCCUGGCUCAGGUCCUGGCGAUCUCUGGACGGCCGUCGGAGGCGGAGCAAACCACUCGGGACAUUCUGCUCCGAGAACCAGGAUGUAUCGAGUGUUACCGUCUGCUGUCCGCCCUGAGCAGCAAGACAGGGGACCACAGACAGGCUCUGGAGUUCCUGGAGGUGGCGCUGCAGCACGACUGCGACGCAUCUGUGAGGGCGGAGCUUCUGUUCUCCAGAGGAAACCAGCUCAGAGAGAUGGACCUGCUCCAACAGGCCUUCCAGAGUUAUCAACAGGCCGUCCAGAUCAAUCCAGACCAGUCCCAGGCCUGGAUGAACAUGGGAGGAAUCAAACAUAUAAAGGGAGACUACGCUGCUGCACGGACAUACUACGAGAAGGCGCUGAGUUUGAGUCCCGGCUCUAAACUGUUGAAGGAAAACCUGCAGAAGUUGGAUCGUUUGGAGCGAAGAUCGAAAGGCUGAACCUCCAGAACGCCGCGUUUGUUCCACAGAGUUCAACAUGAUGUGAAAGGAGGUGAAAGGAGGUGAAAGGAGGUGAAAAGAGGAGGCUCAGGUCUCAUUUAGAUGAAGUAAUUUAAACGUCCUGUAUCACACAAAACUGACUCUUGUAGCUCUAAGUCGUGUUCUGUCGUUUCCUCGUCACACAGACCUGGAGUUGUGUUUUGUUUCAUUCUCACAUGUUUAACACAAACCUGCAGAUUUAAUUCUUAGAACAUGCUCUACGCUCAGUUUUUUGUGAUAUUGGACUUUUUAAACCAGUGAAAACUAUGAAAAGUCCUGAUGUUGACACCAGGGGGCGCAAGGGUUUCCCCUCAGACUCUGGGACCACUUCCAUCACCUGAUGAUGUCAUAAGGUGGAAGGCGAAAUGUAUAACUCUAUAAAAAUCCAACUAGUCAUAUUUAACUCCUACUGAUACAAAUAUUUUUAAUUAAAGAGGGAGUAUGAUGCAAAAUCUUUUUUUUUGUCCUCCCAUGUUCUAACACUGUAGAUCCCUGCAUGUUUGAGCAAUCUAGUGAUCUCUCCAGGGCUCUAUUCAAACCCUCUUUACAGUCUGCAGUACGAGGCUCCGCCCACAGGCCUACAUCACCCAUGCACAUGACAAUCCUCCAUAAAUACACAAAAACAUGAUACAAACUGUGCACUAUGACGUGACAAACCUGGUGUGAUGUGCAGUAGUUUUAUCAGUGGGAUGAGGCUGAUUGUGUUACUCUCUGUACAAGUCGCUCCCCCUUCAGAGCGUCAGCAGAGUCCAUCCGUCCCGUUUCUUCUGCUUUGUCCGGGGCCGAGUCGCAGUGUGAGCAGAGGCCCAGACUUCCCUCUCCACAGACACUUCCUCCAGCUUCCAAAAAUGAAAGUGAAACUGAUAAAACAUGUUACUACGUCGUUUUUGGUCAAUUUCACAUUUUCAGAACAUUAAAGCCCCACAGAAGUAAAUACUCCCUCUUUAAGUGUUUUAAAUCAGACAUGUUUUCAUUUGUCAUAAACUUAUUAUUUUAUAUAUUUCAAGAUAUUUAUUACAAAGAUUUAAAUUGUACAGUGUAAAUAAAGUUUUUAUUCCAAACCUGACGAUCGACGCAGCAGAAAAAUGUGUGAGUGAAAUAAAUCAUUUAUUUAAACAU